CCUCGCAUUUCAAACCGCAAAACAGGCGCCGAAACGCAACACGGGCUGUAAUCAUGUCGGAAGCACGUAGAAUCGCACAGAUGCCUCUGCAUCUCCAACUAGAUGAAUUCCAACGUGUCCUCUCAACAAACAAAACACUACUCAAGGUCCUCGAGCUUGCGCCGCAGCUCGGCCUCUCCAGCUGGUAUCUGGCAGCUGGCUCACUAUCACAGACAGUCUGGAACCAUGUCUGUGGCAUGGAACCCGAGGCCGGCAUCUCUGACUACGAUCUAGUCUACUACGAUGCUGACGACCUGUCCUGGGAAGCCGAAGACAAGGUGAUUCAGGCAGGAAAGGCGCUUUUUGCUAGCAUAGACACCGAGGUGGAGAUUCGAAACCAGGCGCGUGUGCAUCUCUGGUACAGUGAAAAGCACGGAGUAGAUUGUGCCCCUCACAAAACGUUGGAGGAUGGCAUCGACUCGUGGAUCUCCAACUCUGCCAUGAUUGGCGUGCGGAUACGGCCGGGCCAGGAAGACAAGGACAAGUGGGACAUUUAUGCUCCUUGGGGGAUCUCAGAUAUGUUCAAUUUGGUAGUUAGACCGAAUGCAAUACUUGGAACACGUGAAGCGUUUGAGAAGAAGGCUGCGAGGUGGAAGGGCAUCUGGCCGCAGUUGACUGUGCACCCGUGGCCAACGGACAAGCCGCAAGCUGCAAAAGAAGUCAAUGAAUGAUGAAUAUUAUACGAGUUUAGACGAAUAAGCUGAAAGUUUAGCCUGGUUGCAUUUAUAAUGUGGCCGAGGGAAAGGUGGCGGUAUUUGGCUUCAAGCCAUCCGUUGGGUGGUGAUUAGAGUAGCAACGAGCGCAUGCUAGCAUGUGGAACAAUAAAUAUAGAUUAAAUCAUUGAUAAAUCAACAUGUUUCACAUGAGCUAUGAAAAAAACAAUUGGUGCGCUGUCAUCCCCCGAGUAUAUGCAGAUACCCG